CACCGAGAUAGUGACGCGAGGCCUUUGCGGACUUUGGCACAGCCUGCACCUGCGGCUCUGAACACCCAGCGGGAAAAAGCCGGCCUCCAGUAUGCGUCCUAGUUCUAGAGUGGAUCUAACAUGCACGAUAUUGUAAACUUCCUGAACUUUGACACUGGAAGUGAAAAAGAGGGAAUGGAUUCAAGAUAAAUUUAGGAAAUAAAAUCACAAGGAUUUGGUGACUUGCUAAAUGAGGAGAAUAACAGUUUAGAGGGUCAACAUGUUCUCCAACUUGAGGAAGUUUGGAGUAAAUCAUAAGAAGAUAUCCAUCCUGCACGUUAGUAAUAUGUGUUGCUGUAAAAUAAAAGCAAGUUUAAAAAGAUUAAAGCCAUAUGUGCCUCUUGGAAGAAGCUACAGUUCUCUACCAGGUUUAGUUGGAAAUGAUAUCAAAUCGCUUCAUUCCGUCAUCAGUCCUCCCAUAGCUAAAAUCCGUAAUAUUGGAAUUAUGGCUCAUAUUGAUGCAGGCAAAACUACCACCACAGAAAGAAUAUUGUACUAUUCUGGAUACACAAGAUCACUGGGAGAUGUUGAUGAUGGAGACACGGUGACAGAUUUCAUGGCUCAAGAGCGAGAAAGAGGCAUUACUAUUCAGUCUGCUGCUGUUACAUUCGACUGGAAGGGAUAUAGAGUCAAUCUAAUUGAUACGCCAGGUCAUGUGGACUUUACGUUGGAGGUUGAGCGCUGCCUUAGAGUGUUGGAUGGUGCAGUAGCUGUGUUUGAUGCCUCUGCUGGUGUAGAGGCACAAACUCUCACAGUAUGGAGGCAAGCUGAUAAACACAAGAUACCUCGAAUCUGCUUUUUAAACAAAAUGGACAAAACUGGAGCAAGUUUUAAAUAUGCAGUUGAAAGCAUCAGAGAGAAAUUGAAGGCAAAGCCUUUGCUUCUACAGUUACCACUUGGUGAAGGCAAAACUUUCAAAGGAGUUGUGGAUGUUGUAAGUAAAGAAAAACUUCUUUGGAAUCGUCCAUCAGAGGAUGGAAAAGACUUUGAGAGGAAACCCCUCUUGGAAACGAGUGAUGCUGAAUUGCUGAAGGAGACAGCUGAAGCAAGGAAUGACUUAAUUGAACAGGUUGCGGAUUUGGAUGAUGAAUUUGCUGACUUGGUUUUAGGAGAAUUCAGUGAAAAUUUUGAUUUGCUACCAACUGAAAAGCUACAGGCUGCAAUACACAGAGUAACACUGGCUCAGACAGCAGUUCCUGUGCUUUGUGGAAGUGCCCUGAAAAACAAAGGGGUUCAGCCCUUGUUAGAUGCUAUUACUAUGUACUUGCCUUCACCCGAAGAGCGCAACUAUGAAUUUCUGCAGUGGUAUAAGGAUGACUUAUGUGCCCUGGCAUUUAAAGUUCUUCAUGACAAGCAGCGGGGACCACUGGUGUUUAUGCGCAUUUACUCAGGCAUGAUAAAACCCCAGUCAGCCAUCUAUAAUAUUAAUGGAAACUGCACGGAGAGAAUAAGUCGUCUUCUUUUGCCAUUUGCUGACCAACAUAUAGAAAUCCCUUCACUGACUGCUGGUAACAUUGCUUUGACUGUUGGCCUUAAACAUACGGCCACUGGGGACACCAUUGCCUCGUCUAAGUCCAGUGCAUUAGCUGCAGCUCGUCGAGCCGAAAGGGAGGGAGAAAAGCAGCACAGACAAAACAACGAAGCAGAGAGACUUUUACUGGCUGGAGUGGAGAUUCCAGAACCCGUUUUCUUCUGUACCAUAGAGCCCCCUUCAGUGGCUAGGCAGCCAGAUUUGGAUUAUGCACUGAAAUGCCUUCAGCGUGAAGAUCCCAGUUUGAAAGUAAAGCUGGAUCCUGAUUCUGGACAGACUGUUCUCUGUGGUAUGGGGGAGUUACAUAUUGAGAUUAUUCAUGACCGAAUCAAGAGGGAAUAUGGACUGGAAACCUACCUAGGGCCUCUCCAGGUGGCAUACCGAGAGACCAUCCUAAAUGCAGUUCGUGCCACAGAUACCUUAGAUAGAACUUUAGGAGACAAACGGCAUCUUGUGACCGUAGAACUGGAAGUAAAACCAAUUGAAACAUCUUCUGUUACACCAGUUAUCAAGUAUGCUCCAAGUGUUAGUGAAGACCUUCCAAAGGUCUCUCAAGAGGCCAUUGAAAAUGGAAUUCACAGUGCAUGCCUCCAAGGACCAUUGCUUGGAUCCCCAAUUCAGGAUGUGGCGAUUACUUUACAUUCACUGAUAAUUCAUCCUGGUACCUCCACAACGAUGAUUUCUGCCUGUGUCUCGAGAUGUAUCCAAAAGGCUCUGAAGAAAGCUGAUAAGCAAGUUUUAGAGCCCCUAAUGAAUCUCGAGGUGACAGUGAUGGGAGAUUACCUCAGCCCUGUCCUGGCAGAUCUGGCACAAAGAAGAGGAACCAUUCAGGAAAUCCAGACUCGUCAGGAAAACAAAAUUGUUACUGGAUUUGUUCCUUUAGCAGAAAUUAUGGGUUAUUCAACUGUGCUUCGAACGCUUACCUCUGGCUCAGCUACUUUUGCCUUAGAACUCUGUAACUAUCAAGCCAUGAACCCUCAAGACCAGGCGACACUGCUCGGCCGGAGAAGUGGCUUGAACCACGUGCUGUAGGUCUUUGGAGACAACCUCACGGGCACCUUAUGUUCAACUGCAUUUUCAGUAAGAAGAAUUUUUAUUGUUUUACUGAACUAGAUAAACUUACAGUGGCCCUGGAGCGGCCUGUUCUGCUCUAUAAAGUUAUGUAUGUGAACUGUAUUGUGGACCUGUAAAGUUACUGCUGUGGGAUACACUGUGUUAUCAUAAGGUUUUCUGGGUUUUUU